GUAAACUUUGGGUGCUCAGCCUUUCGAUAGUGAAACUGUACAUUUUCAUCUUCGUAAUGUACAUCGAAUGCUUCCGGCCUCAUCAACUCGACCUCCUCAUUCAAUCUCUUUCAACAGCAAGGACUCCAUCCUUCCUUCCUUCUGUCAACUAUAAGAUCUAGAUCUAGAGCAAUAGCUCUAUCCAAUCUGAGUAUUGAAUCCUUUUCUGAUAUUACUCUACAAGUAAGUACCGUAGUAAUAUCCCCUUUGGUUGAGACGACAAUCUUCAUUAUUUACGAGAAAGAAAAACCAUGCGAACGCCAACGUUCCACAACAAUCUGCAUCUUCAGAGACGCCGCCUCUUGGUGGGAUCCUUCCUCCUCGUGUUGCUGCUCUCUCCUACUACCGUGCAAGCCGACUUUAUGUCGUUUGUCCGUUCCAUGACGGGUCGCUAUGAACGCCGCAACUUUUGGUUCUACUGGUACCUCUACAAGAAGAAGCAUCAAAAGCUAGUUCAGCAGCAAAACGCCGAGUACAAUGCCACGUCCUUUCUACUCAACUACAGUCGCUGUAACUUUAGCGACCCCGACACGUUGGCAGAUUGUCCUCCGACUCCCGAGCCAGUCCAAGGCCGCAAUACUGCAAAUAAUUGGACCACCGUGCCCGUGGGCUGUUUGGACAAUCCCGACGAUCCCCAGUGUCAACCCGUCGUGGCGCCGGCGACCAGCGGUGGUAGUGGGAAACCCACGGGUGCCAAACAAGGAGAUGGAUAA